GUGGCUCCACAAAUACGCCCUGUGACGCGUGAAGGUCGAAAAUGGACGAUCGAGAAAUCACGCUGGCGAACUUUCAGGCCGCCACAGGCGCGGACGACAUCACAGACUGCAUCGAAGUGUUAGACCGGAGCGAGUGGAAUCUCGUGAAAGCCAUUAGUUCUUACAUUCCAUCUCACUUACGGGGAGAGAGAACUGAGACUCAAAGUUCCGUUGGCGAGCCCUCAAUUGUUCCACACAUCAGUAACCCAAAUGGCAGUAUACCAGCUGUUCAGUCCGAUUCCGUUGUGGUCCCUCAUCAGACCUCAUGGUCAUCACAAGUGACUCAGACGGCAUCAUUUAGUGGUGUUCAGCCAGUUGUAGCUGAUGGGCAGCCAAGAAAGGGAGGUAACAUACAAAAACCUUCAUUGGUCUCUUUCUCUACUCCAACAAGGCAAAUCCAUGUGAGAGUAGAAUGGAGAGAUAAGACGAUACCUAUUAUAGUCAACGAUGAGGACAUAAUUGAGAGAGUCAAGCGAUCGCUUGAGGGUCACACUGGAGUGCCAGUAGAGAAGCAGUCACUACGAGGAUGGCCAGGACAUGCUGAUCCUCCAGACAUGAUGACGUUGUCUGAUAUGAAUUUACCAAAGGAAGUGAAUCUGUUUCUAUUGUCGCCUCCUGAUUAUGUGGACGACUUUGGGUCGUUGGUACCACCACCAUGCGUAACACCAUCUGUAGUCAGGGUUAACAUUUCAGUUGAAUUUAAUGGAAAAGCAACCGUUAUUCCAAUAGACACGUCAAAGACAAUGUCAGAGUUCAAACAAGACAUGCACAGUUUAUUUAACAUCGAACCUCGCUUUCAGUUGUGGCUUGGUCUCCCUGAUGCAUUUGACGAUCAGAAACAGUUGAAGGACUGCACGUUUGACUUGCCAGUUCAUGUUGUUCAACUAGAACGCAUCGAUCCUGUAAACGACCAUCGCAUGGCAUUUGGUGAUCGGGCAGUAUCUAGUAAGUUAAACGAUGCUGCUGGACAAGAACCCAGACAGAGUUCUGAGGAAGAAGCAAGUGAGGAGGAGAUUCCUGAUUAUAUGGAUGAAGGAUUUGAUGGAGAGCCACUGUUAGGGAGUCGACAGCCACUGUUACCAGAGCAUAGUGAGAAUACAGCUGAUGCUCUAUUGCACUUUACAGCACAAUUUCAGCAUCGGUUCGGUGACACACAUCCAUACUUCUUCCUUGGUGCUCUUAAUGAUGCUAUAAAGGAGGCGUUUGACUGUCCAGCAGUUGAUAGAAAGCCACUAGCGUUAUACAUUCAUCACGAUCUGAGCAUCCAGUCCAAUGUGUUUUGCAGUCAAGUUUUAUGUGCAGAGCUGAUAGUUCAUUAUCUGACUGGCAACUUUGUAUUAUGGGCAUGGGAUGUGACCCUUCCCAGUAACAAAGAAAAAUUGCUGUCAAUGAUAGCUGAAUAUUUCGGUGGCGUCGUAUCUGAGACAGUUGAUAAAUUAGGACCUGAUCAGUUGCCAGUGCUGUUGAUCAUUGUGAAAGUCCGGUCAGGACUUGAAGUGUACUCAGUGCUUCAAGGGCACAUCAGUGCUGAUGAGCUGAUGAGCAACUUGUUAACGUCUGUAGACUCAUUCCAGUACACAAAGGAAAUGGACAUGAGAGAAGAAGCCGAGAGAUGGGAGCGACAACGAAUGAAGGAAGAACAGGAUGCUGCGUAUCAGGAGUCUCUAGCUGCUGAUAAACUGAAGUCUGAACAGAAAGCGAUAGAGCAACUAGAAGAGCAGCAACGGUUGCUAGAGAAAGAGCGAAAAGCCCAGAAAGAGCUGCAGGAGAAAGCAAAGCAAGAGGCAUACUUCAAAGGUCUUGGCGAAAAACUACCCGAGGAGCCUUCUCCAUCAUGUGGUAUCAGGCUAGCUACUCUGAGAAUUAGGCUUCCUGAUGGCAGCACAAAAAUGAGACGAUUUCUAGCCACAGACUCACUGCACAUGCUGUUUAAUUUUAUUGAGUCUCUUGGUUGUCUGUCAUCUCAGUAUCGUGUUCGAGUGAAUUUUCCUAAUAAAGAGAUCUCCGCUCUUGACAAUACACUGACGUUAGAAGAAGCCGGGCUAUGCCCACAAGAGACUGUCUUUGUUGAAGAAAUCAUGUAGUGUAGAGAAGAUUGGUUGGUAUAAGAGUAAUAUUUUACAGACUUAUAGAGAGUCCUG